UUGUGAAAAACCGUUGAAAAUCAUAAAUAAAAGGUACAAUCAGAUCAAUAGCAUUGUGAUUGUAAGAUCUGUUAUCUUUUGCGAAUUGUGCUACAUUAUUUCAUAAAAUAAUGUUGUGUAAAAGUAUCAUUCGAUUCUCGUUUUGCUUCACGAGAAAUGUUUGCAGGAGCUUUCACAUGUCGGGCAAUUCUAAUUACAAAGAAAACGAAAGCACCAAGUGCGUUAAUACAAAUAAUACAGUUAAACCGCCGAGGAUACUGAUAACAGGGGGCCUCGGACAAUUGGGGACGGAAUGCGCGAAGUUGCUUCGUCGGAAUUACGGUAACGAGAAUGUCAUACUGACGGAUAUUAUCAAGCCAACGGAGGAGAGCCUGGAGAACGGGCCCUUCAUCUUCGCCGAUAUCCUCGACUUCAAGGGUUUACAGAAAAUUGUCGUCGACUACAGGAUCGACUGGCUCAUUCACUUCAGCGCUCUGCUUAGUGCUGUUGGUGAACAAAACGUACCGUUAGCUGUGAGAGUUAAUAUCGAAGGAAUGCACAACGUCAUCGAGUUAGCGAAGCAAUACAAACUGAGGAUCUUUAUACCGUCGACAAUCGGUGCGUUCGGUCCAGAUUCGCCGAGGAAUCCGACUCCGAAUGUCACGGUGCAACGACCACGUACGAUCUACGGCGUUAGCAAGGUCCACGCUGAGCUCCUAGGAGAGUAUUAUCAUCAUCGGUUCGGUCUCGACUUUCGGUGCCUUCGAUUCCCCGGUGUAAUCAGCUGCGAUCCACCCGGCGGCGGUACCACCGAUUACGCUGUAGCGGUAUUCCACGAAGGACUGUUAAACAGGAGGUACGAGUGUUACUUGGAGCCUCACACUAUGCUGCCGAUGAUAUACAUCGAAGAUUGUCUGUCGGCGCUCUUUCAGUUUUUAAACACACCCGACAAGUUACUCCGUAGGAGAGUUUAUAACGUUACAGCCAUGAGCUUCACGCCUGAGGAAUUGUUCAAAGAACUCCUCAAGUAUAUUCCAGAUUUAAAGAUUACUUAUAAGCCAGAUAAACGGCAAUAUAUCGCUGAAAAUUGGCCGCAAGUUUUCGACGAUAGCGAAGCACGACGGGAUUGGGGUUGGCAGCACGAGUAUAAUCUAGAGAGGCUGGUAAAAUCGAUGGUGCAAGAUGUUAGCACGAAUUUUUUACCGAAACACCUAUUGACUUUUUUCGAUUGGUGCACACGUUUUGCAAACUUUCAUAUCACGAACUCGACUAUUGAAAUUCUGAUCGAAAGAAGUCAGUUGUUAAUUAUAUAAAAAUCAAAACACGCACACGCACAUUUGAUGUGUACUUCCAUUACAUAAAUUAUAAGCAUAGUAUUUAUUACAAGAUCAACAUAGUUGAACAAUUAUUAAAAAUAUUGAUAAAUAGGAUAAAAAAUACAUAUUUGAAGAAAUUUUGCAAAGUGGAUUCAAAGAACAUGAAUAAAUAAA